UUACUUAGGAGGGAUAGAACUGGCAACAUUGUAGAUUCCAUUUCCCCCCACUCCUGUAGAGGUUGUAGCUUAACCUUUGGUGUUUUUAUCUUUUAUCAUUGAAGUUUACUUAGCUUGUUGAAAGUUUUUUUUUCUGAAUCUCCUUUACCUUCUUUAUUGCUUUCCUUCCCUUAGUGUAAAUAAAAAUAAAAAACAGCUUAUACUAUACCUUCACCUGCUACCAACAUCAGGAUGGCUAUUAUUUUUAAAAUUCUCUCUCGAGGUUUAGCCACUAGUUCUACUGCUAUGUCUUCAAUUAAAGUUGUCACUAUAGUUGGAGCUGGUAUUAUGGGAUCUGGUAUCGCUCAGGUUGCUGCACAACAUGGGAAAAAAGUUAUACUGGUUGAUGUUAAUAAAGAUGUCCUACAAAAAGCUACUAAAAACAUAGAAAAUAGUUUGCAUCGUGUAGCCAAAAAACUUCACAAGGAUGAUCCUGCCAAAGCAGAACAAACUGUCAAGUCUACUUUAGAUAAUUUGACUUUUUCAUCUGAUCUUCAUGAUUCAGUAAAAAAGACAGAUUUGGUGAUAGAGGCGAUUGUAGAAAGAUUGAAUGCAAAGCAGACACUUUUCUCCACAAUUGAUUCAGUUGCUCCAAAGCACACUAUAUUUGCUACUAACACAUCAUCUUUACCUGUUACUGAUAUUGGAACGGUAAUUAAUAGAAGAGAUAGAUUUGGUGGAUUGCAUUUCUUCAAUCCCGUUCCUAUAAUGAAACUAUUAGAAGUAGUUCGCACUGAUGAAACAUCUGACGAAACAUAUAAACAAUUGAUGGCUUGGGGCCGUUCCAUUGGCAAGACCUGCAUCACUUGCAAAGAUACCCCUGGUUUUGUUGUUAACAGGCUUUUGGUCCCACAACUUGGCGAAGCUAUCAGGAUGCUGGAGAGAGGUGUUGCGAGUGCUAGGGACAUUGACAUUGCCAUGAAGCUUGGUGCGGGACAUCCCAUGGGACCAUUUGAACUUGCAGAUUAUGUUGGCUUAGAUACUACAAAGUACAUUCUUGAUGGUUGGCAUCAGAUUUAUCCUAAUGUUGAGAUAUUUGAUCCCAUCGAAACACUCAAUAAAUUAGUUGCACAAGGAAAAUUAGGUGUCAAAUCAGGAGAAGGAUUUUACAACUAUAAAAAAUGAAAAAUGGCUGUUAUAUAAUCAUAUAUUUAUUUUUUAUGUGGUUAGUUUUAUUUUAUAUGUAUGAUCUUAUAAAUGUUAUAAAGAUGUGUAAUAUAUUUGCAAAUUAAUAUAUUUUGUUGAUUAAAAUAAUUACAAAUUACCAUGUUUUGAUAUAUAUGUAUUUAUAUAUAUUUUUGUGUGUGUUAAACCCAUGUU